AAUGUUACUCUUCAUCUUGAUGGAGUUUUGUAUUUGAGAGUGGUUGAACCUUUCAAGGCUUCUUAUGGAGUGGAAGACCCAGAGUUUGCCGUUACACAGUUGGCACAGACAACCAUGAGGUCUGAGUUAGGUAAAAUCAGUUUGGAUAAUGUAUUUCAAGAAAGGGAAAGAUUGAAUCAUAACAUAGUAGAGGCCAUCAACCACGCUGCAGAAGUAUGGGGAAUAAGAUGUUUGCGAUAUGAAAUUCGUGAUAUUCAACUUCCCAGUUCAGUGGUCGAGGCCAUGCAAAUGCAGGUAGAAGCUGAAAGAAAGAAACGUGCUGCAGUGUUACAAUCCGAAGGUCAAAGAGAAGCUGCCAUUAAUGUUGCAGAAGGAAAGAAACAAAGUCAGAUUUUAGCAUCAGAAGCCAGAAAAAUGGAGCAAAUCAAUACUGCCACUGGUGAGGCAAAUGCUAUCGUUGCAAAAGCUAAGGCUCGAGCGGAAGGAAUUGAGAAAGUGUCCUUGGCGCUGCAACAGCAGUUAGGUGAAAGAGCAGCUUCUCUCAAUGUCGCUGAGCUUUACGUGAACGCUUUCUCUAACCUGGCCAAGACAAACAACACAGUAGUGCUACCAGCUAAUGUGGGGGACGCCGCUUCUAUGGUAGCCCAGGUGAGUUAA